AGUACUCCGAUGUUGAGAUAAAAUCAAGAGCAAAUCUGAAAGCGUUGGUUAAUUGAUAGAGGGAUGGAUGGAUGACUUGGGAAGGGAGAAGCAACAAGAACAAACAGUUCGUUGGUCCCUCCCAAAAGAGAAGAUGGAUGAGUGGAUGGAUGGAUGGCUGCUUUCUCUUCUCCCCCCCUCCCCGUCCGCCUUCUCUUUCUCUCCUCUUCCUCCCUCCUUCAUCUUUCUCCUCUUCGAUCUCCUCCUUUUCUUCCUUCUCUCCUCCCCUCCUCCCCUCCUCACUCUCUCAUCCUCCAAUUACUGACAUUAAUUUCCUUCUUAAUCAUAUAUUGAACUAUUAACCUCUGCUGCAUCUUCCGUGACAGCAUUCCUCCCCCCCCUCCUCCUCCUUCAGCUUUUUCCCUCCCUGCGUCUCUUCCGCCCCCUUUUCCUCCCCGCAUUCUUCCAUUGACUGGUACGCGCUCGG